UUCGGCGAGACCCUCUUUUCCCUGAGCCUGCUGCCUUAAGUUCUCUCUCCUUCCGCUCGCUCCUCUUUCCUUUCCUCCAGAUUGCCUCCCGAGUUGCCGAUAUCUCGCGCAGUUCUUUGACCCUGAAGCAUCUCUCACAUCUCAUCGCUUCAUCGCUUACUUCCACACAAGAUGGCUUCCGCCGCUCGCAACUUCUCCCGCGUGGCUACACGCACCACCGCCCGCAACGCCUUUGCGACCAGCGCCCCUCGCCAGGCCUUCCGCCAGCAGGGCUCGCGCUUCUACUCCUCCGGCUCCCAGAAGCAGUCCUCCAGCUCACCCGCCCUCCUCGCUGUCGCCGCCGCGGCGGCCGGUGGUCUUGGCUACUGGUACUACACUGCUAGCGGUGCGCCUUCCGCUGGCUCGACCAAGAUUGUCAGCCCGACCAAGGACGACUACCAGCGCGUGUACAACCAGAUCGCCGAGCGCCUCGAGGAGAAGGACGACUACGAUGAUGGCAGCUUCGGCCCUGUUCUCCUGCGUCUGGCCUGGCACGCCAGCGGUACCUACGAUAAGGCUACCGGCACUGGCGGCAGCAACGGUGCCACCAUGCGCUUCGCCCCCGAGGGCGACCACGGUGCCAACGCCGGUCUCCUCGCCGCCCGCGACUUCCUCGAGCCCGUGAAGAAGGCCAACCCCUGGAUCACCUACUCCGAUCUCUGGAUUCUGGCUGGUGUUGCCGCCAUCCAGGAGAUGCAGGGUCCCAUCGUGCCCUACCGCCCUGGUCGUCAGGACCGAGACGUCUCCUACUGCACCCCCGAUGGCCGUCUCCCUGACGCCACCCAGGGAAGCGACCACCUGCGCAACAUCUUCUACCGCAUGGGUUUCAACGACCAGGAGAUUGUCGCUCUGUCUGGUGCCCACGCUCUGGGCCGCUGCCACACCGACCGCUCCGGCUUCGAGGGUCCCUGGACCUUCUCGCCCACUAUCCUGACCAACGACUACUACCGCCUGCUCGUCGAGGAGAAGUGGCAGUGGAAGAAGUGGAACGGCCCCAAGCAGUACGAGGACAAGACCACCAAGAGCCUCAUGAUGCUGCCCACCGACAUGGUGCUUGUGCAGGACAAGAAGUUCAAGCCGUGGACCGAGAAGUACGCCAAGGACAACGAUCUCUUCUUCAAGGACUUCUCCAACGUCGUCCUGAAGCUCUUCGAGCUCGGUGUGCCUUUCGCCGAGAGCACCGAGCGCUGGACCAUGAAGCCCACUUGGGACGAGUCCAAAUAGAUCACUUUGAUCCCCUCGUGUCUUGAUAUGUUUUUUUUGGUGUGGAGAGAGGUAUCAUUACUGUUAGACUUGCGUCCUCGGCAGAGAGGCACGCACUGGCAUUGGAGUUUUGUUGG